AUGACAGAGCUGACAGCCAGAGGUGGCAAUGACUCUGUCCAACCACCAUUGUCGCAGGCGGUUGGAUAUGUAAUCGUAGUGGUCAUUGGCCUGAUCAUCGCUUUUGUGAUGAUGCUUAUCACAAAGGUUCUCAAGAAGACAACGGGAGAGGACAAUAAGAAGACGGAAAUGUUCAUGACGGCAAAUCGAACUGUUCGAACGGGCUUAACAGCAUCAGCCGUGAUAUCCUCAUGGCUUUGGACAACAGCCAUGCUGGGCUCGUCAUUUGUCGGAUAUGACUAUGGCGUAGCGGGCCCAUUCUGGUUUGCUGCCGGAUGCAGUCCAAUGAUUGUAUUUUUUGCCCUCAUCGGAAUAUCCUGCAAACGCAAGAUUCCAGAGGCACACACUUCACUUGAAGUGGUUAGAAUCCGAUAUGGUCGGACUGCACAUAUUGUCUUCAUGACACUCUGCUUGGUUAACAAUAUCUUCGCUUGUGCUAACAUGCUUCUCGGAGCGGCUGCUGUCAUAUCUGCUGUAACAGGUAUGCACAUUAUCGCUGCCACAUUUCUCCUACCAGUUGGUGUGACCGUCUAUACCUUUGUUGGUGGAAUUAAGGCGACAUUCCUCACCGACUACUUCCACACGGCCAUCAUCCUUAUCAUUGCGUGCUACUUCUCUAUCAAAGCAUUCACAGUUGACGAAGUCGGUUCCAUCGGCAGGUUAUACGACCUGGUUCAAGCUGCCGCGCAAAGACAUCCAGUUUCAGGAAACCAUGAGGGAACAUACUUGACCAUGACAUCUAAAGGGGCGAUGCUCUUUGGGAUCCUGCAUAUAUGCUCGAACUUUGGUCUGGUGAUUAUGGAUACAAGCUAUUUCAUCAAAGCAUUUUCCGCCGCCCCGUCCUCGGUAGUUCCAGGCUACACAAUCGGAGGCAUCGCAUACUUCGCCAUCCCAUGGGCCCUAGGAACCAUCAUGAGCUCCGUAGCCAUCGGACUAGAAAACCAACCAUCCUUCCCCACAUAUCCCAGAAGAAUGACCACAAGCGAAGUCAGCGGAGGGCUCGUCCUACCAUAUGCCGCAAUGACAAUCGCAGGCAAAGGCGGAGCAGCUGCGAUUCUCCUAAUUACAUUCAUGGCCGUCACGUCAACACUUUCAGCACAGGUAAUUGCAGUCAGCUCCAUUCUCAGUUUCGAUGUAUAUCGCGAAUAUUUCAAUCGAAAUGCAUCCGAUCGCGACAUCAUCCGGUCAAGUCACUUUGGUGUGAUCUUUUUCGCCGCGUUCUCCGCCGGAUUCAGUACUAUGCUCCAUUAUGUGGGGAUUGACCUUGGGUGGACUUUAUAUAUGCUCGGAGUCGUAACAUGCCCCGGUAUCUUCCCAAUGGCAUUCACCAUCCUCUGGCGCCGCCAAAGCACCGCAGCUGCUAUUCUCUCCCCCGUCCUAGGUAUGACAACCGGAAUCGGUGUCUGGCUCGGAACAGCCCAGCAUUUCUACGGCUCUGUUUCUGUUUCCGCGACGGGUCAGAUAUUACCAUGUGUGUACGGAACCGUCGCAUCUGCAUUCUCGCCCAUUCUGUACUCCGUCGUUAUCACGCUAGUCCGUCCACAGAACUAUGACUGGAAUGACUUCAAGAAGGAGAAACUUGCCCUAGAACGACUAGAGAGUGAUCUAACGACCGUGCACAGCCACGAUAAAACUAACCGACAGGAGAAGAGAUUGGAAGAAGGUGCCCGACAUACCUCUGCAUUUUAUCCCCAGGAAUUGAAACGAUGGGGUCGUAUUGCGGCAUUUUGGUCUAUCGCGACGUUCCUUGGUCAUUGGGUUAUUUGGCCGUUGCCGAUGUAUGGGUCGAAAUAUGUUUUUGGGAAGGGGUUCUUUUCGGCAUGGGUUGUUGUUGCUAUUAUUUGGCUUUGGGUGACCAUGCUGGUAGCUAUCUUUUAUCCUAUCUUUGAUGGGGGUAUUCAGCAGAUUACACAGGUUUAUCGAGGGUUGUGUGUGGGUAACGGGAGGAAGGAAGCUGUCGGAAAUGAGAGCUCGUCGUCUCCUUCGAUAAGUGAUACGGCUGAGGAGGUGAAGAGAGAAGACCGGACCUAG